UCAGUAAAAGACGUCAAAUGGACUCGUGCACUGUUGUGUGUCAGAGAGUGAGCGCGCCUCACGCGCUUGCACAGAGUCGGGCAAAAUGGCGGACAAAACGCCAGGUGGGGCGCAGAAAGCCAACUCUAAGGCUUUAUUGGAAAGUAAGUUAAAGGCCUUCAGUAUCGGCAAGAUGGCAGUUGCAAAAAGAACACUAAGCAAGAAAGAGCAAGAUGAACUCAAGAAGAAGGAGGAUGAAAGGGCAGCAGCGGAGAUCUAUGAGGAAUUUCUCGCUGCUUUUGAGGGAGGUGAAGGAAAGGUGAAGACCUUUGUACGUGGUGGGAUUGCUAAUGCUACUAAAGAGGAAGCGGCAGCUGAUGACAAAAAAGGAAAGCUCUACAAACCGAAAUCAAGGAUUAUGGAGUCUAAAAGUUUUUUACCUUUGGAAACUCCACCCCAGUUUUUAUCAGUAGAUAAACGCAAUGCAUCGAAGAAGGGAGACAAAGAAAAGAAAAAGAGCAACCUUGAACUCUUCAAAGAAGAACUAAAACAGAUUCAGGAGGAGCGUGAUGAACGGCACCGGUUGAAGGGCCGAGUCAGUCGUUUUGAGCCUCUUCCCACAAUGGAAGGAAGGCGAUCCUCGGAUGGUUCUUCACGAAGAAACCGUCCGUCCAGUGUCUUGGAUGAUUCUGCUCCUGGCUCACACGAUGUUGGUGAUCCGACCACUACAAAUCUCUAUUUGGGGAACAUAAAUCCUCAGAUGAAUGAGGAGAUGCUCUGUCAGGAAUUCGGUCGCUAUGGUCCAUUAGCCAGUGUGAAAAUUAUGUGGCCCAGGACGGAUGAGGAAAGGGCCAGAGAAAGGAACUGUGGUUUUGUAGCCUUCAUGACGAGGAGAGAUGCUGAACGUGCACUUAAACAUUUAAAUGGCAAAAUGAUAAUGAAUUUUGAAAUGAAAUUGGGAUGGGGCAAAGGUGUACCAAUUCCUCCUCACCCCAUAUACAUUCCACCUUCAAUGAUGGAGCACACCCUCCCGCCUCCACCCUCUGGACUGCCCUUCAAUGCCCAGCCCAAAGAGAGGCUGAAGAACCCCAACGCUCCUAUGCCUCCCCCUCCAAAGUGCAAAGAGGAGUUUGAGAAGACUCUGUCGCAAGCCAUAGUCAAAGUGGUUAUCCCAACAGAAAGGAAUUUGCUCUCUCUCAUCCAUCGAAUGAUCGAGUUUGUGGUGCGUGAGGGUCCGAUGUUUGAAGCCAUGAUCAUGAACAGAGAGAUCAACAAUCCGCUCUACAGGUUUUUAUUUGAAAAUCAAAGUCCUGCUCAUGUUUAUUACCGGUGGAAGUUAUACACCAUAUUACAGGGCGAUUCUCCAACUAAAUGGAAAACAGAAGACUUCAGAAUAUUUAAGAACGGAUCUUUCUGGCGACCCCCACCUCUCAACCCAUAUUUACAUGGCACUCCUGAAGAAGAAGAGCGUGAUGAUGAUGAUGAUGAUGAAACUAUCAAGAAGGGCGCGUUGAAAGACGACGAGAGGGAUAAAUUGGAGGAGUUACUCCGAGGUCUCACGCCAAGGAAGAGUGACAUAGCUGACGCCAUGUUUUUCUGCCUCUCGCAUGCUGACGCAGCCGAAGAGAUUGUGGAAUGCAUCGCCGAGUCUCUGUCCAUACUUAAAACACCUCUGCCAAAGAAGAUUGCAAGGUUAUAUUUGGUGUCGGAUGUGCUGUAUAACUCCUCUGCAAAAGUUGCUAAUGCCUCCUAUUACAGAAAAUUCUUUGAAACAAAACUCUGCCAGGUAUUUUCUGACCUAAAUGCCACAUAUAAGACAAUACAGGGCCAUUUACAGUCCGAGAAUUUCAAGCAACGAGUAAUGUCCUGUUUCCGUGCGUGGGAAGACUGGGCAGUGUAUCCCGAUCCAUUCCUGAUUAAACUCCAGAACAUCUUCCUGGGCCUCGUCAGUCUCGAUCCUGAAAAGGAGACUGUAGACCUGUUGCCAGAGCAACCAGAAAGGUCGGAGGACAUUGAUGGUGCUUCUAUUGUGGAGGAGGAGCUGGAUGGUGCUCCUUUGGAUGAUGUUGACGGCAUGCCCAUAGAUGGAGCGCCAAUUGAUGGUGCACCACUUGAUGACCUGGAUGGAAUGCCCAUCAAGGGAACAGAUGAUGAUCUGGAUGGCGUUCCUUUGGAUCAAAAACCAGGCUUUAAGGUGGCCCCGUCAAAAUGGGAGGAAGUGGAUGGGACUGCUUUGGAGGCUCAAGCUGUAACCACAUCAAAAUGGGAAAUCUUUGAUCUGCCAGAUGAAUCUGAGAAAAGCAAGACAAGUGCAACACGGGAAACUGAGAGUAAAGACUCUCUCAAGAGCUCCAGCGCUGCAGACCAGCAGUCUUACAGUAAUCCUGUUAGAGAAGAAUACGAUUUAAAGUCUGCUAAGUUUUCGGAGAUGAGCGAAGAGAAACGUGCCAAACUACGAGAAAUCGAGCUUAAAGUCAUGAAGUUUCAAGAUGAGCUUGAAUCUGGAAAACGACCCAAAAAAUCUGGACCGAGUAUUCAAGAACAAGUAGAGCUUUACCGGGACAAGUUACUACAGCGGGAGAAGGAGAAAGAGACAGAGAAAGACAAAGAGAAAGAAAAAGAGAGAAAAGACAAAGAGAAAUCUGAUGUGUCCCACAAAGAGAAGGAGAAGGAUGACUCCACACCGGGCAGAAAAGAAAAGUACGAUACCUCAACAUUACUUCAGGAUUUAAGAAAUGGAGACAUUUUUGAAUACGUUGUUCUUGUGUUUGUUUUUAAUCAAUUUUAUUUCCUUCCCAGAAAACGGAGGCAUAGUCCCUCCCCCAGUCCCACCCGAAGUAGCAGCAGUAGGCGCGGCAGGUCGCCCUCACCGCGAUCAGAGCGCUCCGAUAGAUCCUAUACAAAAGACAGCUCUCGAUCGUCUUAUAAAGACUCUCCAAGAGAAAGUAACCGCAAGUCAUCUAAAAGGUCUCCUUCACCCCCAAGAACACCUAAGAGGUCACGGAGGUCCAGAUCGAGAACACCCAAAAAAUCCUCAAAGAAAUCCAGAUCUCGGUCACGAUCGCCUCACCGUUCUCACAAGAAAUCCAAAAAAAGCAAACACUGAGACUUCUGGCUAUUAUGGGAAGAUGCCUGGGUUGUCUUUUGUGCCUCAGAUUUGUCCUGUAAAUCAGUGUGAAGGACAGUCCCUCUUUCACCCCUCCUUUUGGCUCACUCACAUUGGCACAGGAACAGUGUUCAAGGGUCAUCUAUAGAGUGUUUUAUAAUGUCAUUUAGGAGCUUCCUUUGAUGUUCAAAGUGUCCGAAAAGAAAAUAACUGCAGUGGCUGGGGCAGUCCUCCAUCAACAUGAAAACUAUUGUCUUAUAUUUUUUUUUUUUUUUUUUUUUUUUUUGGUCGUUGUUUUUAGAUCCCUUGAAACUGACUUAAAUUAAACUAGUGUAAGUUUCAGUUGUAUAGAUGUUUGCUUUUCAAUAAAGACACAAUUUAUGUGA